AUGUCUCGACAGAACAUUUUCGAGACUUUUCAAUUACGAGAGAACUCGCAACAAAUCACAAGGGCUAGGUGGUAUCUGAUUGCCGCCCAGGCUGUAGCGCUGGCUUCAGCCAACACUGGCCAACACGUUGUAGAGCUAUACAAAAAGGUCGUUCAAGAUGUCACUCUGGAUGAUCAGAAGAUCAUACAACGAAGGAUGAAAGAGGCUAUUUUGAAGACCAGCGCAUUCUAUGGCAUCCCGAGGUCACUGCAAGCCUUGUUACCCUUGUUCAAGUCCCUCAAAGAUGAAGAGAUUGAUCACUAUGGCCCACGAUGGGAGCUAUCCCAGACCGAUGAGGUGCAGCGCAUCCAAAUGGAUAAGAUACGCUACGAAAAGGCACGACGAUACUUUGACACGAUAUGGACACCUGAAAGCGCCCAAGCUAACAGAGACAACAAUUUCAAGUAUCACCCGGACUUGUAUCUCCUGAAUACCCAACUAGCGUACGAGUAUUACAUUUCAGAGGACGCCAUAUUAACCCCGAUUGAGACUCAAAUGUGUAAUAUAGCAGCUUUGAUUUGCUGUGAAUGCCCCGUUCAAGCUAUGUGGCACACACGAGGGCUCAUCAACCAUGGUGGUAGUAUGGAAGAAGCCCAGUUCGCGCAAGAUUUGGGGUUAGCCAUAGCAGAAUUGAGCGGUUGCAAGCACAUUGAUUCAUACGUUGUCGAAAAUGGUGUCCACGGCUAA